AACUAAGUACCAGUUCUCGCGAGAACUUGUCCGACUAGCCGCUUCAGCGAUAGCAUUGCUAACAGCAUCCCGAUAAGCUAUCGACAUCUGUCGCCCUAAUAUUUGGACGAGCAUGGACGCGAUGGCGGACCCGGACAGCGCAGAGAAGCCAACAAAUCGCCCGUUCUUAAUAGGCGUGAGUGGGGGAACAGCUAGCGGCAAGUCAACAGUUUGCGCAAAGAUCAUGGAGCUGUUGGGGCAAAACAAAGUGGAUCACCGCCAGAGGAAAGUGGCCAUCGUGAGCCAGGACAGUUUCUACAGAGUCCUGACUCCGGAGCAGAAGGCCAAGGCUCUGAAGGGGCAGUACAACUUUGACCAUCCAGAGGCCUUUGACACCGACUUCAUGCACAAGACCUUGCAGGACAUUGCAGGAGGAGCGGCGGUGGAGGUGCCCAUGUACGACUUUGUCAACCAUUCCAGACUUCAAGAGACGGCCACAGUGUACCCGGCAGACGUGGUCCUGUUCGAGGGGAUUCUUGUCUUCUACCCACAGAAGGUGCGCGACAUGUUUCAAAUGAAGCUGUUCGUGGACACGGAUUCAGAUGUGCGACUGUCUCGCAGAGUGCUUCGAGACAUGAGCCGAGGGAGGGACCUGGAGCAGAUUCUCACUCAGUACACGACGUUUGUCAAGCCAGCGUUUGAGGAGUUCUGUUUGCCUACGAAGAAGUAUGCCGAUGUUAUCAUUCCUAGAGGAGUUGACAAUAUGGUGGCCAUCAACCUCAUCGUGCAGCACAUCCAAGACAUUCUGAACGGAGACAUCUGCAGGUGGCAGCAGGGGUCGCUCAACGGUCAGGGGCGGAGCAUGAAGCGGGUCAUCACCGAGCAGUGCGACUUGCAGAACCUGAACCCUCCUGGAAAAAGGGUGCAGCUGGAACCAAGCAGCCGACCACACUGAGCGGGUGCCGGACAUGAGCCUGCUGGCAACCACGUCUGGUCUCACCCCUCCACAGACUCCGUCAUCCCUGAAUUCAGUCGACACAACUCAGCAGAGGUUAUCGGGAGUCUUUCUCCUCGUUUAUAAAUGUAAGACUAGUCACUUAAUGAAUGUUAUGUUUUUCCAUUCUAAAUUAAUAUAUUUGGAUAUUAAUCUUCUGUGUUUUUGCAACUAAAUAAAUGUUUAUUUGAACUUUUUUAAAA